AACUCGAAAUUGGGCCGAAGCACCUUCGAAACGGCUGUUGUAAUCCCAAAACGACAGACUCAUUUUUAGGGUUUAAAGAAAGGUUGAAAGAAACCCUAACGAAGUUGAAUUUCAUUUUUCAACAUUGACGACAAUGGGAUUCUGGGGAAUUGAAGUGAAACCUGGCAAUCCGGUUCCGUAUAGCACUCACGAUGUUGAAGGAAAGCUUCACGUCACUCAGGCUACUCUAGGCGUUGGCGUUGGUCCAUCGACGGAGAAAAGCAUUCUUCAGUGCUCUUCUGGACGCAAAAAUCCAGUUUUUUUGUGUUCCUUGCUGCCAAACAAGGUUGAGACUUGCCCUUUGAAUCUUAAGUUCGACGAGGAUGACUUGGUGAAAUUCUCAGUCAUCGGUUCCCGAAGCAUCCAUCUUUCUGGUUAUUUUGUGCCAGAUGAAGACGACACUAGAGAUGACUAUGAAUAUGAUUCAUUAGGAGAGGACGUGGGAACUGGGUCAGAGGAGUCAUCUGAAUAUGAUAGUGAAAAUGGAUAUGAUGAUCACUUUUUUGAUGACAGUGAUAUGGAAAUGUACACAUCUUCGCCUGUCCGGAGUAGUGGAGUCGUUAUUGAGGAAAUACCCGAUGACAAUCAGCCUGAAAAUGGAGAUAAUCCAGCAAAGCAAUCGAAGAAAAAGGAACAAACAGCUCACUUGAGAGAGAAAUCCAGCAAAAGUUCUCAGCUUCCAGUUGUCAUUAGAGGUGACGAUAAGCUUGUCUUGGAAAGUGAAGAUGAAGAUGGUUUCCCGAUUUCCACUUCAGACAAAGCUAAAUCUGAGUCUCAGAAGGCAGAAACAGAAACAAAAGGAGAACAAGCCCACAAAAAAACUGGGAAAUCAAAUAAGAAGGCAAAAGAUGUUGAUGAGUCUGCUAGCUUAAAACGAAAAGUUCAAGCUGUUGAUGAGGAUGAGCAGCUGCAAGAUGGGAAAAAGAAGAAGAAGAAGAACAAGUUGAAAGAUCAUGGUAAGGAGGAAAGUGGUCAUGUAAAGGAGACUAGUGUAACUGUGCCAGAUGAAAAGCCUGAGGAGGUUAAAACUACAACCAACCAGAACAAUGUCUCUCAUGCAAAGGAUGGAGAUGAUGGGAAACUAUCCAAUGACGAAGUCCUCGUUGAGAAGAAAAACAAGAAGAAAAACAAGAAAAAGACCAAAGAGGCUGAAGGAAAAGCUGCUAAGAAUGAAAUUGCUACAACUGUUGAAAGUCAGAAGUUGUCUACCUCUGAGAAAAAAGAGAAAGAACCAACUGAAGCCAAGCCAUCUAACGUGAGAACCUAUCCAAAUGGAUUGGUUAUAGAGGACAUAUCUAUGGGCAAACCAGAUGGCAAAAGAGCUGAUCUUGGAAAGAAGGUCAGUGUUAAAUAUACUGGAAAGCUACAAAAAGAUGGGAAAAUAUUUGACUCGUGUGCUGGAAAAGCACCCUUUAAGUUUCGGCUUGGUGUAGGACAAGUCAUCAAGGGGUGGGAUGUUGGCGUCAAUGGGAUGAGGGUUGGGGACAAAAGAAGACUUACAAUUCCACCAUCUAUGGGAUACGGUGACAAACGUGUUGGGAGUAUACCACAAAAUUCAUGGCUUGUAUUUGAUGUUGAGUUGGUUGGCGUUGAAGGCCGCUGACUUAAAAUUUUUGCUGCUUCAGCUUCGUUUUGGUUUGUUGACAUCAUUCAUUUGCAAAUCUCGCAUAUUCAUUGGCCUUUGUCGCUAGACUUUACUGGAGCCGAAGUUUUGUAGGAGAUUCACAGCUCUACACAUAAAAACAUGCAAAUGCAACUAUUAGUUACAAUUGUUUUUCUUUGUUCGUAUAAUGUUUUUGGCCGUCUGGAGUAAUUUCAAUGGAUUUGUUUUCUUAUAUGAAAUUUGAAGGAUUUAUUUUUGGUACUGAACUUGAAGGAUUUAAAUCUCGUUUUGACAA